GAGUCCGAGCCCCGCGGGAGGCUCUCGGAGAGGUAGCUUGGGUCCAGCCCACCGGCUCCAGCGGCCAUGGCGAACACCUUAGACCUGGACAAGGGCUGCACGGUGGAGGAGCUGCUCCGAGGCUGCAUCGAAGCCUUUGACUUAGGUUCCAUCCUGUUGUCCUUAACCCUCCUUUACCUACCAACAAUCCCGGAAGGACAACUCCAAUUCCCUGCAGGUGAAAACGUGUCACCUGGUCAGGUAUUGGAUCUCAGCAUUCCCAGCAGAGUUUGACUUGAACCCUGAACUGGCUGAGCAGAUCAAGGAGCUGAAGGCUCUGCUAGAUCAAGAAGGGAACCGCCGCCACAGCAGCCUCAUCGACAUCGAGAGCGUGUGCGUGGGGGAAGCUCGGAGGGGGCCACUCAGCAUCCUAUACCAUCUGUGCCUAAUAAAUGUUGAAUUGAAUGAGUGAGGGUCAUGUCACUCUCUUGCUUUAAAACCUUCCAUGGCUCCCUAUCACCUUCCAAACACCUGUCUGGCUAUUAACGUCUUUUGUGGUGUCAGGCCCCCGUCUGAUGUUCCUGUCUUAUCUCCCAUAGCCCACCGAGCAUCCCACACACUUCAUACUGAGGCCACUCACCUUCCUUCCCCUCCAUGGUGCUCGCUGUUGUCCUUGCCCUGUCUCCUUCCUCCAUUCUCAUUGAGACUCAGCCCAAGUACCUGCCUGGUGAGGGUGUGGCACUCUUCAGAGCAGAAUUUGCCGUGACCUCCUGUGUUUUCCCAUGGUGCUUUGCACAGAUUCCUGUCCAGAGCCCUGGGAACUUGCGUCCCACUGUUUGGUGAUGGUGUGUUUCUGUGUCUGUCUCCCCCAGUAGACUGUGAGCUCCUCGAGGGCAGGAACCGUAUCUUGCUCAUCUCUGUAUCCCAGCGCCUAGCACAGUGCCUGGCACAGACCCCACCUACAAGUGGAAGCGGCAGGUGACCCAGCGGAACCCCGUGGGACAGAAAAAGCGCAAGAUGUCCCUGUUGUUUGACCACCUGGAGCCCAUGGAGCUGGCAGAACACCUCACCUACCUGGAGUAUCGCUCCUUCUGCAAGAUCCUGUUCCAGGAUUACCACAGCUUUGUGACUCACGGCUGCACCGUAGACAACCCUGUCUUGGAGCGGUUCAUCUCUCUCUUCAACAGCGUAUCGCAGUGGGUCCAGCUCAUGAUCCUCAGCAAGCCCACAGCCCCGCAGCGGGCUCUGGUCAUCACACACUUUGUGCACGUGGCAGAGAAGCUGCUGCAGCUGCAGAAUUUCAACACUCUGAUGGCCGUGGUCGGCGGCCUGAGUCACAGCUCCAUCUCGCGCCUCAAGGAGACCCACAACCACGUUAGCCCUGAGACCAUCAAGCUCUGGGAAGGUCUGACAGAACUCGUAACAGCCACAGGCAACUAUGGCAACUACCGGCGUAGACUGGCAGCUUGUGUGGGCUUCCGCUUCCCUAUCUUGGGUGUCCACCUCAAGGACCUAGUGGCCCUGCAGCUGGCCCUGCCUGACUGGCUGGACCCGGCCCGGACCCAACUCAAUGGGGCCAAGAUGAGGCAGCUCUUCAGCAUCCUGGAGGAGCUGGCCAUGGUGACCAGCCUUCGGCCACCAGUGCAGGCCAACCCGGAUCUGCUGAGCUUGCUCACGGUGUCCCUGGAUCAGUAUCAGACAGAGGAUGAGUUGUACCAGCUGUCCCUGCAGCGGGAGCCACGCUCAAAGUCCUCGCCAACCAGCCCUACCAGCUGUACCCCACCUCCCAGGCCCCCAGUGCUGGAAGAAUGGACCUCGGCUGCCAAGCCCAAGCUGGAUCAGGCCCUGGUGGCAGAACACAUUGAGAAGAUGGUGGAGUCUGUGUUCCGGAACUUUGACGUCGAUGGGGAUGGCCACAUCUCACAGGAAGAGUUCCAGAUCAUCCGGGGCAACUUCCCUUAUCUGAGCGCCUUUGGGGAUCUGGACCAAAACCAGGAUGGCUGCAUCAGCCGGGAAGAGAUGGUCUCCUACUUCCUGCGCUCCAGCUCGGUGCUGGGAGGCCGCAUGGGCUUCGUGCACAACUUCCAGGAGAGCAAUUCUCUACGCCCAGUCGCUUGCCGCCAUUGUAAAGCUCUGAUCCUGGGCAUCUAUAAGCAGGGCCUCAAAUGCAGAGCGUGUGGUGUCAACUGUCACAAGCAGUGCAAAGACCGCCUCUCAGUGGAGUGCCGUAGGAGGGCCCAGAGUGUGAGCCUGGAGGGGUCAGUGCCCUCUCCCUCACCCACACAUACCCACCAUCGGGCCUUCAGCUUCUCCCUGCCUCGCCCAGGCAGGCGCAGCUCCCGGCCUCCAGAGAUCCGAGAAGAGGAGGUGCAGGUGGUGGAGGACGGAGUGUUUGACAUCCACUUAUAAGAUGCUGCGACUAUCAAGGACUCAUUCCUGCCUUGGAGGAAAGACUUGGAGCAGAGCAGGGAGCCUGGGGUUCUGGGGCAGGAGGCUGGGGCUGGGGGUGGGAGGAGAGGGUGGCAUGCACUGAAGUCAGGGCCAGGGCUGGCAUCCCUAAGGUUGUACAGAAUCUUGUGAAUAUUUGUAUUUUCCAGAUGGAAUAAAAAGGCCCGUGUAAUUAACCUG